UACUGCUACUUUUUAAGAAGUAUUCUAUAUUUUUUAGAAUCUUAAAUUCCUAAUAUCAAAAGUGAAGUGAACUGAAAAUAGUACAAUGACUUACGAUCGUAUACAUAAAUUUCUUUUGAGAUCUAUUGCUAGCCGAGGAGUUAUUGCUAUGCCAGAAAUUAAUCAAAUAAUAAAUACAUUCACAGAGGAGAUCGACGUUUCUCCUAAAGAUCUUAUUAAAGACAUAAAUGAAAAAAUACGACCCUUCCAACAAAAGAUCAAGAUAACUAAUGAUGAACUUACCUCAGAAGAAGUUGUUCUGUUUCUUUCUCUUGGUUAUGAUGAUGCCACUAAAUCUCAAAAUAUAUUCUCCGCUACUGAACUUGAAUACUUCCGAAUUUUAUUGGAACAAAUUAUGACCACAGCGACUCGACAAAUAACUGGUAUACAUGCCAUUAAUUUAGUGAGCAGUAUGAAGUCUUCAUUUACUAAGACUGAUGCACAGAAGUUAUUAAAUGUGUGGUGUCGGAUGCGAUAUUUAGAUAAGGAUGAUACUAAUUAUGCACUUGGUGUUCGAGCAAUUCAUGAAUUUGAAGGUUACUUCAGGGAAAAUAUGCCUGAUAUUAUUGAAGAAUGCUGCCUUUGUAAACAGGUUGUGUUUAGGGGUUGUAACUGUCCUGGUUGUGGUUUAGCUGUUCACACGCUAUGUCUAAACAAAUAUUUGGAAAAGCUACAAAAAUGGCCGUGCUGUAUGAUCGACUUUAAUCAGGCACAAUUGGACCGUUUGAAUUGUGUAGGAUUGUCACAAAGUGUGCGCUUGAGAGAAACGCAGGAGACAACGUUUGAUGAAACUGUACCUCUUACAUGCAGUUCUAUGGAUGUAGAUGAUGGCACACAGGAAAUCAUACCAGAGAUCUCACAGAGGAUCACGAGGAAGAGGAAGAGACCAGAAUAG